AUUGUGACACAUGUUUAUUUCCAAGAGGCUCCCGUUUUUUUUUCAUACUUUUUUCACAAGAAUUUUUCGCAAAAACCUCUUUAAAAAUAAUUGCAACGUUUUUUCUAUAUGCGACCGUUUGUGAAAGAGAGGGUAUUUAGGGAAAUAUUAGUAAAAAAAGAAAGAUAAAAAUUUCACAAGGAUGCGUUUCGCGAUGUGUCAAAUGAGUGGCAGUUGACAUGACACGCGACGCCUUGGUAUAUCGUUUCGUCGUCGUCGCGAUCGUCGUGACGUCGGAUAUCACCAGGUAAAAGGCAUUGCAAACUGCGCAAGUAGCUUCAUGUUUUUUUUUCUGUACGAUGCGCCUGCGUUUAGAGAAAUCCGUUAAGCGUCACAUGUAACACAUGUCCCAGGGAUGGGGCCACCUACAUCCGAAACGUUUAUCGUGUGAACACGCCCAUUUUGUUACGUCACUGGUGCUCGUAAGGGAAGUUUUCCCACAGCUGAAACAUGAAUUUGUGACACGAUUGGCUGGAAGGGAACGUGAAGGAGGAGCUUAGAACCUCGAUAGCGUAGUCAUUAUAGAGGGGGAUGUUUGAACAAGACUCGGCAGCUCAAGAGUACCGGAGUACACUCGCUAACCGGCCUCCAUCCACACUACAUUACACAGAGAGAGGAGAAAGAGUGAGAGAGAGAAAAAGAGAAAGAAGGAGAGAGUGAGUGUGAGAGGGUGCGCCCGCUCAAACAGACCUGCAAAUAACCGCGAUUCCAAACGUGUGUCGUUACAUAGAGCGUCGUGUUGUGUUGGAACAACAAUUACCCCUAUCGGUACGUCAUUGAGUGUCGUGUGUCGCGGACAUUGUUCGCUAAGGACUGCGGUUGGUUUAUUCGUAGGCGGAUCGGUCGCGAUUGUUUGUUGUUUUACUUUUGGCAAUCUAACCAACUGUCCAUUUCAGUUAACUUGUGACAAUUGCAAAUAGAUUGUGUUGAAGAAUCUCAUAGUGACGUAUAACUAAACAGUGAUAACAGUGUGAAACAAGUGAUUGAGAAAUUAAACUUAGUGUGACUUUGUCUUUAAAACAUUAUUAUGCAACGGAUCAGUGUUUAUCGUCAGUGACUGUGGGGUUCAGUGUGUUGACGAACUAUUUUGUCGUCAUUAUAUCGCCACGCUGGCUAUUUACAUGAUUCCAGUUUGACAACAACAGGAUUUCCCACCCCCAAUUAGCUCUAUGACAAUGCUUCAGUCGCAGAAGCUGUACAGCGAUGCUGGCAGCCUUGGCGGUGCCAUGACGAGCGCUGCCAUGUCAAACAUGGGCAGCAUGGCGCCGUCGUACAGCUCCAUUAAUUCAAUGAGUUGUGUGCCCAUGAUGCCAAUGGAGAGGAUGUCAAUGGGUGUUGGACCCAAUUGCAGUCCUCAAAGUCCCGGGGCCUUUAACAUUAGUAGCAUGAGCUCUGCAAUCGGAAUGGCGUCAAUGGGAAGUGGAGGAAUGAGUUACAGUGGUUCGGUGAUGGGUGGUGGUGGUGCUUGCAUGAAUUCCGGCGGCUAUGCAUCCCUUGCAUCAACAGCUGGCUCUCGAAUCACCGAUUCGGGAAUUUCACUUACCGAACCAGAUUCACCGAAUUCAGCAUUACAACGAGCCAGAACUGACAAAUCAUACAGGAGAAGUUACACCCACGCGAAACCACCGUACUCCUACAUCAGCCUCAUCACCAUGGCCAUACAGAAUGCACCCACAAAGAUGCUCACACUUUCCGAGAUCUAUCAAUUCAUAAUGGACCUGUUUCCAUUCUACAGACAAAAUCAACAACGCUGGCAAAAUUCCAUCAGGCAUUCGCUCAGUUUCAACGAUUGUUUUGUCAAAGUACCAAGAACACCCGACAAGCCCGGCAAGGGCUCCUUCUGGACUCUGCAUCCAGAAAGUGGGAACAUGUUCGAAAAUGGCUGCUACCUGAGACGUCAGAAGAGGUUCAAGGACGAGAAGAAAGAACUCACCAGGCAAACCACAAAGCACACACAUCAAGGUCAUCAUAGUUCGGGCGCUGGUUCCGGUCACGGAAGUCCUCCGUCCCAUGAACUCAGUCAUGGCAAGAAAACACCAUCGUCCCUACAUCACGGUCAGCCGCAAGAUGAGAAAGAUCUCCAUUCACUCGUGAAUCAUCACCAUCAUCACCAUGCCGGCGGUAUUCAUCCGCAUCACACGAAUCUCAAGAGUGAUACAUCGGACAUUGGCGGUCUAUUGGGCACCGAUCUCGGUGCAGCGCACGAUGAAUUAGCCGCAAUGGUUGGAAGAAGUCUUCAUCCACAUCUUCUCAGCGAUCCCAAUGGUCUUCAUCACAGUAUGGCGGGAACACUGAAACAAGAGCCAACAUUCCCGGCUGCAAAUCAUCCCUUCAGUAUCACGAGGCUACUUCCAGGCGCAGCUGGUACAUCGCCAGGUGCCCAGGAUACAAAACCACCAGAAAUAAAAAUGUACGAGCAAUUACAUCAAAGUUACUCGAAUUAUGGUUCACCACAUCAUCCACAUCCACAUUCGAUACCACCUGGACAUCAUCAUCACAAUGGAUUACACAGCUCAAAUCCUGGACCAAUGCACAAUAUGGCCAAUCAUCAUCAGGAUUAUUAUCACAGUCAAUUGUAUCAUCAUAGUAGUGUUAGUGCAUCAAGUGCACCGCCGCCUCCUUCUGUGACGGCCACGCCGGGCUUGUGACAUCACGCCACACAUCCUUACGCUCUGGCCUGAGUCGCUGCCGCGGCCUACGCCGCUUCCAACACCGUCCCAAAUUGUUCUGAUUACAUUUCACGUCGUCGGGCUGAUAACGAUAAUGGUGCUUCAUGUUGGAACGACGUUGAAGAAGAGGAGGACGACGAGGAUGAAGAUGACACUCUGUAGGAACGUUUUUAAUUUUUUCAUUAUAUAAUUUUCAUUAACGAGGUGAUUCGAUGUCUGUAGGUUAUACUUUUAGGUCCACUUUUAUCUCUAUUUCAAUUCUAUACAAAAUUUUUUAAAUAUUAUAUUCAUUUUUGGUAAUUUAUUCAGCAAUGUUUUCUUCAUGGUCCACAAGUUUUGAGCGUUCAAAUGAAAGAAAUAUUUUUUAUCAAAAAUAUUUUCAUCAAUUACUGAUUACAGUGAAAUUUGAAAACUUCAAUUUUACAUUUAGAAACUUCACAAAUAAAUUUUUUUCCCAGUGUCUUUGAUGCUCUAAGUCACUUGUUGUUAAUUUUUGUUUACUUUUUAUGAUUACUUUUUAAUUAAAUUCUUCCAUGUUCUUUUAUGACUUGAUUAUCAUAGUUUUUCUACAGAUAUCAAAUUGAGAGGAAAAACGAAUCAAAAGUGUUGCGAAGCAACAUUUUGAUUCGUUUUUCCUCUCAAUUUGAUUUCUGCAGAAUAACUGUAUUACUUCAUUAGUAACUUGUUUGCAACUUUUAAGUUGGUUUAUAAUUUUUUAUUUGCUAUUUUCAUUAAUUUUCAACAACUUUGGGACAUUUAUUUGUCACUCUUAAUCUGAUUAGUAGUUUUCUUUACUAAUUAAAGAAUGCGAAUUGGUUCACCGAUUAAACAGCAAAGAUUUUAUUAAUUUUUAGUAAAAAAAAAACUACUAAGUUGAUAGUAGAAAACUACUAAUAUAGAAAAAAAAAUUUUUUUAAUUUAAAUAAAGUAAAUAUAGAAAAAAUCUAUGAUUAUUAAAGGAGUGAAACUUUAUUCUAUCAGUUAAUAUUUUUCUACUAUUAAAUUAGUAGUUUUUUUACUGUCAAUUCGUA